UCACGUUCAAGGGAACAUAGAAAGGUAUCCUAAACGGAUAUCAUCAUCUGUUCCCUCUUGUAUUGUCCUCAUAACGUGUCACAAGCCACAACCAGAAAAUUAAAAUGUCUCCCGCCACUUUAAACUCCGCGGAAGCACAAUGGCAAACGCAAUUCGCCGCCAUGAGAGCCGCUCUUGCCGAGCUCAAACUACCAUCCAACACCUCAAACAGCGAUCUCGAUACCUACGGCUCAGACAUAAACCUCUCAGACGAAGACUUCACCUCUGGAAACAGCGGCGAUGACGUCUGGGACUUCAUUUCCGAGACCGAGGAUGAGGCGUGGAGCAGUGAUGCUCACGAAGAGUUCACGCCAGAUUCGGAAUCGCUGGAAUUCGGUCCCCAAUGGCUGAAAUCUAAGUGCGAAGGUCUAGCUUCUCGGAAGCAAGGCCUCUCUGCUUCGGACCUGCAGGAGCAAAUCAUGGCUAUUUUGGCUUCGGAUGGUGGGGAAGAAGAAUUGCAAUCUUCGUUGACGGAUAUGAUUGGAUUCGAUGAUCUAGAUUUGGUUAUUGAGUUGAUUUCUCAUCGAAAAGAAGUUCUGGCUACGAGUUCAUCGAGCGUGAAACAGACGGAUGGCUUAUUUGAGGGGAAGCUGCAAACUAGACGGCAGCGUGAGGAGGCGUUGAGGAGGGCUGACUUUGAACAUAAGAAUGCGGCGUUGGGACCGGCUGUCAAUAGGGAUGAGACUAUGUAUCCUCAUGUCUAUAAGGCUCAUUCCGCGGGCAACACUCUGGAUUCGAGAGGCAAGAAAUAUGCCUUGCCAGCUGGGAGCGAGAGGACGGAGCAUUUGAACUAUGAGGAAUAUUCUAUUCCUGCUGGCAAAGUCGGCACCCUUGGAGUUGGUCGGAAGCUCGUUGACAUUGGCUCUAUGGAUGGCCUUUGUCGUAGAACCUUCAAAGGCUACAAAUCUUUGAAUCGUAUGCAAAGUCUCGUGUAUCCAGUUGCCUACCAGAGCAGUGAGAACAUGCUGAUUUGUGCUCCAACCGGUGCUGGUAAAACUGAUGCAGCAAUGCUCACCAUCCUCCAUGCCAUUGGACAGAAUGUUACUCCAAGCCCUGCUGAUCAGCCUGAAGCAUCGGACUUCGUAGUCAACCUUGAAGACUUCAAGAUUGUCUAUGUCGCGCCCAUGAAAGCACUCGCAGCAGAAAUCACCCAGAAGCUUGGGAGCAGAAUGUCAUGGCUAGGUAUCCAGGCGCGUGAGUUGACAGGAGACAUGCAUCUCACGAAGAAAGAGAUCGUCCAGACUCAGAUUAUCGUCACGACUCCCGAAAAAUGGGAUGUCGUCACGCGAAAAGGCACUGGGGACACUGAGCUUGUUCAAAAAGUUAGACUUCUAAUCAUUGAUGAAGUCCAUAUGCUUCACGAUGAUCGAGGUUCGGUCCUGGAGUCGUUGGUGGCACGAACUGAGCGACAAGUUGAAAGUACGCAGUCUCUAAUUCGUAUUGUGGGACUUUCGGCUACGCUUCCAAAUUAUGUCGACGUCGCAGACUUCCUCAAGGUCAAUCGUUAUGCUGGGCUGUUCUAUUUUGACGCGAGUUUCAGACCUGUUCCCCUCGAACAACACUUCAUAGGCGUCAAGGGCAAACCAAAUACCAAAACCUCUCGAGACAAUAUUGAUACCACUGCGUUCGAGAAAGUUAGAGAGAUGCUGGAACUUGAUCAUCAGAUCAUGGUCUUUGUCCACUCGAGAAAGGAUACCUUCAAUACUGCCAAGAUGCUUUACGAGAAAGCCAUUGAGCAGGUUUGCGUGGACCUUUUCGACCCGUCGAACCAUCCACAAUAUGAAUCUGCUGUCAAGGACAUGAAACAAUCUCGUGGGAGAGAACUCCGGGAACUACUUCCCAAGGGCAUUGGUAUCCAUCAUGCCGGCAUGGCUAGAUCAGAUAGAAAUCUCAUUGAGAGAUUGUUCGGUAGUGGCGUCUUGAAGGUCCUUUGCUGUACCGCUACACUAGCUUGGGGUGUCAACUUGCCCGCAGCAGCUGUUAUCAUCAAAGGCACCCAAGUCUACAGUGCUCAAGAUGGUAAAUUCAUCGAUCUUGGUAUCCUUGAUGUUCUUCAGAUUUUUGGUCGUGCUGGUCGACCUCAAUUUCAAGACACGGGUAUUGGCAUGAUCUGUACAACACAAGACAAGCUUGCCCACUACCUCCAAGCAGUCACAUCUCAAGUUCCAAUUGAGUCUCGAUUUUCGAAGCAUCUGGUGGAUAAUUUGAAUGCUGAAAUUGCCCUUGGCACUGUGACAUCUGUUCCCGAAGCAGUCACUUGGUUGGGAUAUUCGUACCUGUUUGUGCGUAUGCAGCGCAAUCCAUUGACCUAUGGCAUCGACUGGGCUGAGAUUCGAGACGAUCCUACACUCGUACAACGACGCCGCCAGCUUGUGAUUCAAGCAUCCAGGACACUUCAGCAGUGCCAAAUGAUCAUUUUCAAUGAGACGACCGAGGAGCUGCGAAGUAAAGACAUCGGACGAAUUGCAAGCCAGUACUACAUCCUACAUACUAGCAUUCAGAUCUUCAAUACAAUGAUGCAGCCACAGGCCACAGAGGCGGACGUGUUCAAGAUGGUUUCGAUGAGUGGAGAGUUUGAUCAGAUACAAUCUAGAGACAACGAAUCUAAAGAGCUUGAGAAGCUCCGCGAGGAAUCGGCCCCUUGCGAUGUUGGCGAGAAGAACGACUCACCUCAAGCCAAGACGAAUAUUCUUUUGCAAUCUUUUAUUUCACGCGCAAACCUCGAGGACUUUGCUUUAGCCAACGACUCGAACUAUGUUGCCCAGCAAUCUGCCAGAAUCUGUCGAGCACUAUUUAUGAUUGCUCUCAAUCGAGGUUGGGGACAUCAAUGUCUCGUCUUACUUUCAUUGUGCAAGUCUAUCGAGAAGAGGAUCUGGCCAUUCCAACAUCCUCUACACCAAUUCGAGCUCCCGAAACCUGUGUUGAACCAACUUGACGCCAAGGAGGCAAUCUCGAUUGAGUCAUUGAGGGACAUGGAUGCGGCUGAGAUUGGAUCCAUGGUUCACAAUCAUGCGGCUGGAAAGACGAUAUCUAAGAUCCUGGACAACUUCCCCACGCUGAGCGUUGAGUCAAAAAUCGCGCCUCUAAACAGAGACGUUCUGAGGAUUCGCUUGUAUUUGACACCGGAUUUCCGCUGGAAUGACAGGCAUAAUGGAACUUCCGAAAGCUACUGGAUCUGGGUCGAGAAUUCGGAGACCUCCGAGAUCUACCAUCACGAAUUCUUCAUUCUCAAUCGUAAGAAGCUGUACGAUGAUCACGAGCUCAACUUCACGAUACCUUUGUCAGAUCCACUGCCCACUCAGAUCUAUGUAAGAGCAGUUUCUGACAGAUGGCUUGGGGCGGAGACAGUGCAUCCCAUCUCAUUCCAGCACUUGAUUAGACCUGAUACCGAGAGCGUCUACACAGAUCUCCUCAACCUCCAACCCUUGCCCAUCACAGCACUCAAGAACCCUGCUCUAGAAGAGAUUUAUGGACAGCGUUUCCAGUAUUUCAAUCCUAUGCAGACACAGAUCUUCCACUGUCUCUAUCACACGUCUGCAAAUGUCUUACUAGGUUCGCCAACUGGCUCUGGUAAGACCAUUGCUUGUGAGUUGGCAAUGUGGUGGGCUUUCCGCGAGAAUCCGGGCUCCAAGGUUGUCUAUAUUGCUCCAAUGAAAGCCCUUGUCCGCGAGCGUGUCAAAGACUGGGGUGCUCGCCUUACGAAGCAGAUGAACCUCAAGCUUGUUGAGCUUACUGGAGACAACACACCUGACACCCGCACUAUCCAAGAUGCAGACAUCAUAAUCACCACCCCUGAAAAAUGGGACGGUAUAUCUAGAUCGUGGCAAACGAGAGGCUACGUAAGACAAGUCAGUCUAGUCAUCAUCGACGAGAUCCAUCUCUUGGGAGGGGAUCGUGGUCCUAUUCUCGAGAUCAUUGUCUCGCGUAUGAACUACAUCGCUGCACAGUCAAAGAACCCCGUAAGACUUAUGGGCAUGUCAACAGCAUGCGCUAACGCAUUGGAUCUCGGCAAUUGGCUAGGUGUCAAAGAAGGGCUGUUCAAUUUCCGCCAUUCCGUCCGACCAGUACCUCUCGAGAUAUUCAUCGAUGGCUUCCCAGAAGUACGAGGAUUUUGCCCUCUCAUGCAGUCGAUGAAUCGACCUACAUUCCUUGCCAUUAAGACGCACAGCCCAGAUAAGCCCGUAAUCGUCUUCGUGGCAUCUCGGAGACAGACACGCCUGACAGCCAAGGAUUUGAUCAAUUUCUGUGGCAUGGAAGAUAAUCCAAGAAGAUUCGUCAAGAUGUCAGAAGAUGACCUGCAGCUGAAUCUCGAUCGAGUCAAAGAUGAUGCCCUAAAGGAGGCCUUGAGCUUCGGUAUCGGCUUACACCAUGCUGGUCUGAUCGAGUCGGAUCGAUCUCUAGCAGAAGAGUUAUUCGCCAAUAACAAAAUUCAGAUAUUGGUAGCAACCAGUACACUGGCCUGGGGUGUCAAUCUGCCUGCACAUUUGGUAGUGGUCAAAGGGACACAAUUUUUCGACGCUAAGAUCGAAGGCUACAAGGAUAUGGAUCUCACGGACGUCUUGCAAAUGCUGGGUCGAGCCGGUCGACCUCAAUUUGAUACCUCGGGUAUUGCACGCAUCUUUACGCAAGACUCCAAGAAAGCGUUUUACAAACACUUUCUCCAUACUGGAUUCCCUGUCGAGUCAUCUUUGCACAAUGUUCUUGAUAACCAUCUUGGUGCUGAAGUCUCUGCUGAAACUAUCACCACCAAGCAAGAUGCCUUGGAUUACCUUACCUGGACAUUCUUCUUCCGAAGAUUGCACAAAAAUCCUUCUUACUAUGGCCUUGAGAUCUCAGCUGAAGAACACAACACGAUUGCUGCGCAACAGCAGGCUAAUGAGUACAUGAUUUCCAUGGUGGACAAGUCUCUCAACGAGCUUGCAGAGUCAAAAUGCUUGGAGAUCUUCCCCAAUGGAGACGUCGACUCCACACCUCUCGGCAAGAUUAUGAGUUACUACUACCUAUCUCAUCGUACCAUUCGCCAUCUGGUGAAGCAUGCUAAGCGCAAUGCAACAUUCACAGAUGCCCUCUCAUGGAUGUCCAGCGCUACAGAAUAUGACGAACUUCCCGUUCGUCAUAACGAAGAUCUCAUAAACGCAGAACUCGCCAAGAAUCUACCAUUGUCUAUACAAGCUUUCGGAGAUCUGCCUCUAUGGGAUCCUCACGUCAAGGCCUUCCUCUUGCUACAAGCCCACAUGUCACGGAUUGACUUGCCUAUCACUGAUUACGUCGGUGAUCAGACCAGUGUCCUAGACCAAGCUAUUCGUAUCAUUCAAGCUAGCAUCGACGUCCUUACCGAACUAGGCUACCUUUCAAGUUGUAUGCAGAUGAUCACGUUAUUGCAAUGUAUCAAAUGCGCUCGUUGGCCAGCCGAGUACCCACUCUCCAUCCUACCCGGCGUCGGAAUUGAUGUGCCAACUGACAAGCACCUACCCAAAACUCUACAAGAAUUCUCAGCAGCCACAGAACGAGACUACCGAAACACGAUCUCCACAUUACAUCUCCCGCCAUCAACACUCCCCCGUUUCGAAAAAGCAGCCAACAUGCUCCCAAACCUCAAAAUUGAUGUCCGCGAUCUUAGUGCUGUGUCCAUAACCAUUGUUCUGAAUCGGCAGAACCAACUCACAGAUCGAGAUGGGAAGAUGUACGCCCCCCGCUUCCCGAAAUCUCAGAACGAAGGCUGGUUCGUGAUGCUCUGUAAUGAAUCCCGCGACGAGAUUAUCGCCAUCAAGCGAGUAGGAUGGUCAUCUGGUCCGGGUGCGAACGGAAAGGAGAAGAUUUCUCCUAGGCCAAGUGCGAGAGCGGUGAUUAAGUUGCCGGAGAAUGAAGAUGGUACGUUUAGUGAUGGCAGGAGGCUGGAUGUUUGGGUUGUGAGUGAUGGGUAUUUGGGGAUGGUUUAUCAGGUUGUGGGGGUGGAGAUUCCCGAUGCACCGAAGGUGGUUGAUGAUGGGAAGAAGGGGAAGGGGAAGGAGGGGGAGGAUAGGUGGAUGGGUGCUGUUGGGUCGAGUUCUUGAUUUGGGCAAGUGGACUAGGUUUUGAUGAAUGAAAUGAAGUUAUGUGGUGUGCCUCUUUGGAUGUUGUCAAUCUUAUGCAAUAGCCAGGAAUAGUUCUCCGCAAGCUCUGAAAUUCCACGUGAUCGAAGGCCGGCAACUGAGGUAGAUUGGGAUGUUGUGCUCAAUCUGAUAGACAAGGUGGUAUCAUUCGAAGGGGGGUUGGGGAUGCUUUUACCAGAUACCAGCGGCAAUGUUCCGGCAAAUUCUGGACAUUCAAUACACUGCAAUACUCUGUACUUUUCAGCUGC